GAAAAGGCGGUGCCGUACACCGUCUUCGUCAAGGAUGUGCCGGCGAGCGUGAGCGAACGCGAAUUAGCGGAUGUUUUCGCCUCGUGCGGCCGCAUCAUAGACUGUCGCAUGUGCGGUGAUGCGAACACACACAAGUUUAGCUACGCCUUUGUGGCGUUUGAGUGCGCCGAGGCGGUGGAUCGGGCGUUAUUGUUGGACAAGACGCCGCUCCACGGGAAAAACAUCAUGGUGAAGAAGAGCGACACCGCGGUGAUCCCAGUGAACCCGUUACUGCUACCGCAGAAUGAACGAGAGGUUGAAUCGUGCGCGAGGACAAUUUACGUCGCAAACGUCGACAAGACCGUGGACUCGCACGCGUUGAAGUUACUUUUCGAGGACCGCGCCGGCCCCGUCAACCGCUUGCAUUUGCAAGUGAAGAACAACGCCGUGGCGAAUGUAGCCUUCGUAGAGUUCGUCGACCUCGAAAGCGUGGGAACCGCGCUGCAUUUGACGGGUGAACAGCUUGGAAACCGCAUGAUUCGCGUGAGUGCGUCAAAGACGCCGCUCCGU